CGUAAGCAUUUACUAGCAUUUACUAACCUAGGCUUAGCAAUGAUGGCCUUAACAAUGUUUUUCGCUUCAGCAUCAACGACAAUUCGAGAGACGAAGAACUCGGGAUUAUUUGGACCGAGGCCGACGAGGCGAUGGUCACGGCUAGAGUGGACACAGCCUAUCUACCAAAGUUUUGGAAGAUGAUGAUUCACCUUUUCAAGAGAAGCCCUUCCGACCUCUUCACCUGGGGUUUACGAAUCGGCGACAACGAGGACGAGAUCCUAAGAGACCUUUGUGAGAUCUUACCUCACGAAAUCUGGAUGUCCAACUUGUCGGUACUCAGAUAUUGUCUACAGAAGGCAAUAUAUCUUAGAGUCAAGAAUCAUGCCCAGCCCUUCGGUUUCUUCAAGGGCAUAUUCUUGAAGCCAAUCAAUAACCUCGAAAAGUGCUUAAGCAAUAUCGAGGCACAUAAGCGAGAUGCAGAACUCGCAGAUAGAGUCUUUAAGGCAUGGAUGGCCACUGCACAAGACAUAGAGACAUCAGUCGCGGCAUUCAUGUGGGAGCUCGAGAACAUCGUCAAAGGGACGGAAGUAGUCGGAACUCUAAAUGAGGAGAGGUUCUUCAUUCUACAGCAGGUCGAUGUCUUCAACAUCCGAAAGGCCCUCGACGCCCUCCACGACAAGGGUAUAUAUCCUCUUAGGGUCGACAUGAAAUAUGUUACCUAUAUCCGAUCUUACGCUGGUCAGUGGCCUACAUUCGAGCCAUAUACCCAGGAGAUGCUGAAGAUCUGCGAGAAAGUAGCUAUCCUCAACCGACGACGUGCCCGUGCAAUGGGUCUACCAGAUAUUCCUGUAGCCCGACACGAAGUCUUCACGCGUAUCCCCUUCUGGAACAGCUCCAAGUGCGACGAUAAGCGGUUCAAGGAGGUGAUGUUCCAAUACGGCGACUUGUGGACCCUAUAUUCCACAGCACCUAUCCCCGAACAGCAGGCUCACGAAGAGGCGGCGGACAACGCGGACAUGGAAGAACUCUGAUGGCCAGUGAGGAAGUAGGUCAUCUCACACAUGGAGGAGGGAUGUAGUAAUCCGAUCUCGUCUGAACAGAUACUGGGCUUCAACAGUGGUGGACUCAUUUAGCAAUUGGCUGAGCAGUUACGUCACUUUGUAGUAUCUGCAUAGAC